AUGAAAGAGUUAGGGAACCCACGCUACCAUUGCAAAUACAAGCGGAUGCGAGAUAGGGGAACUAUCCCUGUCAAGGGUGGCUUUUACUCAUAUCCUUUGCACAUGGGCCUCUCUCUCUCUCCCUCUCUCAAGUUGAGCUGGAUGCACCGUUCUCUUCCCUGCAACAUGGCGGUAACUUCUAGGUAUGACGAUGGGAAAAUUUAUAAUCCUGAUAGCAACCAAGGACUGUCACCAGGCAAGGAUCCUGGCCCUAGAACAAGCUUCCUCCACUUAUCGAUUCGUGUAAACUUGAAUCAAGUCUUGUUUUCGGGUUUGGGACCGACAGAUCACUGUGAGAACUGUUUUGUUCCAGGUUUGUCCCAAGAUAUGCCCAGGGAGAUAAAGCGGGCUUUCAGAAAUAUGGCCCACAGUGAACUUAGUCAUACAGAAGUCCGAGCAAGAUAA